CAAAUAUUGAUUAAUUUUUUCACCGAGAGUAUAUUAAUAGCCAUGGUUUCUGUCUUUAUAACUGGAGCAACAGGAUUUAUAGCUCAAAAUAUUAUAAAAUUAUUGAUCGAGAAUAAGUACAGCGUGGUGGGUACUGUAAGAACUAUUUCAAAGGGAAAAAGACUUACAGAAUUAUUCGGUAAAGAUUUCCAGUAUGAAGUCGUCCCCGAUAUCCAAGUUGAGGGUGCCUUUGAUGAAGCUAUUAAGAGACACCCCGAGGUAUCAAUUGCUAUGCAUGUUGCAUCCCCAUGUACUUACAUAAUUGAAGAUGCUGAGAAGGAUUUGAUUUUACCUGCAAUUGAAGGGACCAGACAGAUUUUGACAUCAAUAAAGACACAUGGUAAGCAAAUCACCCGUGUAGUCCUUACAUCAUCAGAUGCAGCGGUAUACUCUGCAGCAGAUGAACAAACCAAGGGCCUUUAUUUUGAUGAAAGUUCUUGGAAUAAUAUUUCUAGAGAAGAUGCCGCUAAAGACCCCGUAUCAGCUUACUAUGGCGCUAAGGCUUUUGCAGAAAAGUUAGCCUGGGAAAUUGCCAGACAGGAUGAAGUCAACUUUGUUCUUACUGUAGUUAACCCAGUAUACGUAUUCGGACCCCAGGCAUUCAUUUCUGAGGUGGGAGAAGAAUUAAAUGAGUCUAAUGAGAUUAUAAAUCAACUUCUAAAGGUUGGAAAACAUGGCAAGUUUACAAAUGAAAAGGGCGGAUGUAUUCAUAUCAAGGAUAUUGCCAAGGCACAUGUUGCAGCUUUUGAAAGAGAAGAUACUAAAAAUAGAAGACUCUUGAUGUCCAACGGAUACUUUAGCUCCCAAUUAAUACUUGAUAUCAUUCAUAAGAAUUUCAAGGAGUUGCGAGACAAAAUUCCGGUCGGAACUCCUGGUAGCGGGCCGAUGGAUAUUUCUACGUUAGCCACCGUGAAUAACGAAGAGACUAAGAAGCUUUUAGGGUUUGAAUUCCAAACUCUUGAAUCAGCGGUUGUUGAUACCGUACAGCAGGUUUUGAAAGCCAAAAGAAGUAAACUAUAG